GGCAGCGAAGGGCGAGCCGCGCACCAUUGACCGUGUCCGUGCUUCUUUUUUCGUCUUCUCUAGCCGCAACUCGGCGUUCUCCGUUCCUCGCAACCUUUCUUUCUCGCCCAUACACACAUACGGCGCAUCGCAUCUACCUUUCUCGCUCUUUCCUCCACAGUAGAGCGAACCGAUGUGUACAUGGACACACUGCACGCUGUUUGCACCGGUUAUUUACCGACGCGCUACAUUGUCGCGUUUUUCCCGCGUCGGGUGUCUCUCCUUGGCUUGCGUGAAUGAACGUCGCGGAUCGCUCGCUGUUACCAUCUUCUUUGAUCGUUCGGUGACGCGGUAGCCCCUCGAGUGUCCGCCAGUUUACGCCGUUCCGCUCCGAUGCAGAAACGAUUGACGUCCGUGGCACCAAGUUCUCGCGUGUUACGUCAGUGAAGUGCCCGUUGUUGUUCUCCUGAAACAUUGCGACGUUGUCGAAGAACGCCGAUACUUACGGGAAAGAUGUAAAAUCGAAGGGAUGCUGGUGCACGAGGGAACACGGUCGCAUCGCGGUCGAGAGAGUUCAAAGUGCGUGAAGAUUUACCUGACGGUUGGAUUGCGAGUUUACGAAAGUCCAGAAGAUACUUAACCCGUGAAUUAAGACGAUUCCUCGGAUCGAGAAUUUAAACCGAACGCGCAAGUGUCGAAGGAGAGUGGAAGAAGCUGCGCAGGGUUCGCAGAAUCACGGAGGAACCGCGUUGUAUGUAGCCGACGCCGACGGCUGCGAGUGGUCUUCCCGAUGGAUCCCAUAGUUCUAGAGAACAAUGCGGCCGAGCUGGGCGCGGACCAACAACAGCAGCAGCAGCAACAGCAACAGCAACAUCACCAGCACCAGCAGCAACAGUACGGCGAGGUGAAUCAACUGGGUGGUGUGUUUGUGAACGGACGACCCCUGCCGAACGCGGUCAGGUUGCGAAUAGUGGAGCUUGCACAGCUGGGCAUCAGGCCGUGCGACAUCUCGCGGCAGCUGCGGGUCAGCCAUGGUUGUGUCAGCAAGAUCUUGGCCCGUUACCACGAGACUGGCAGCAUACUGCCUGGCGCGAUCGGCGGCAGCAAGCCCCGGGUGACAACGCCUAAGGUGGUCCAGUACAUCAAGCAGUUGAAGCUCAAGGAUCCAGGGAUCUUCGCUUGGGAGAUCAGGGAUCGUCUGCUGGCCGACGGCGUUUGCGACAAGUACAACGUGCCAUCGGUGAGCAGCAUCUCCAGGAUACUGAGGAACAAGGUUGGCGCCGCUACCGCGUUGCAUCAUCAUCAUCCAGCGCAUCAUCACCAUCAUCACCUGUACGCGGCAGCGGCCGCCGCGGGAGCUGCACUCUGUCCCGUCCCUUAUCCGCCGACGCCUUAUCACGCGACGCCGCCACCCGCUGUAACGCAUCACCAUCAUCAUCAUCAUCAUCCAGUUGAACCGACGCCCCCGUGCAAGCUGUCGCCAUCGUCGCCGACCGCGAUCCACAUCGGUCACCAGACGACGACUGCCAGUGGUCUCCAGUGGCCUAGCCCUCAUACGGUCCACGACAUCCUCGCCAGUGGUUGCAAUCUUACCGUCAACUCUUCAGCGUCCUCGCCGAUGACGUCUCCGACCUCGCCGUUAUGCAUCGCUGUAAACAACAACCAUCAUCAUCAUCACGGCCAUCAUCAUCAUCAUCAUCAUCACCAGUCCAACGAAAACACUGUCAACAACAAUAACAACAACAAUGACAACGAGGAAACCAGCGUCAGCGGUUACCAUCAUCCGCAUCACCAUCAUCAUCAGCAGUAUUACGCGUCGGCACUCUACCAUCAUCAUCGUCAUCACCACGGGGACAAUGCGACGCCGGUGGUGACCGCUUCGCCUGUCCUCGCCGUCCAGACAAUCAUGAUGCAGUCCUCCGCGGCGAACAGCCAACCAACCAGUCCGUGUAAUUGACAAGGAGACGGGUCCAAGUGUAACUCUCGCUUUUCGAGGGACUUUAGUUUGGUGCUAGUGUCUGGAAUGCCGAAGCUAUCGAUAUAUGAGCCGUUCAUUGCACAAAUUGAUUAACUCCAUGAAACAAAAGGUUGAGAAAUGCGACGAAAUAAUGUACAUUGUUUCUUAAAAUUCCCUUUAUAAUAUAAAUUCAAAUAAAUAUUGGAGAAUGGAUAAAUACAAAUGUAGCUUUCAUCUAACGGUAUAUAAAAUUAAUAAGAAAGAAUAGCCAAGAAAUAAUCGUCAUUAAUGUUACAAUUUUUAUGUGACUGGGUGGAGCUACAUGAUUUGUGCAGUGAACGGCUCAUACGGUCUCGUGGUACUCGUAUUACCUAACAGGUUAGUAUAAUAUCAGAAAGAAAUAAUGAGAUUAAGAUACGAAAGUCUUGAAACUUCCAAAUAAUUAUUAAAGUUUUAACCGUACUGUUGCAAAAUCGUACAACAACAGCUUCGUCGUUUCUAGUACUAUCGCUACGCAAAAGAGUGAGUUGCACUUGGGGAUGAUUUCCUGUGAGACUGGACGCGUUUCAUCGUCGAAGCGAUCUGAAAGAAAUGCGUAACUGUGAGCUGAAUACGUUCAAAUGGAGCAGGCCUGACAAGUGUAGUGAGAAGAUGUGGUUUAUCGUAAACAAUACUUUUAAAAGUGUAUCUUCAUAGUAUCCGUAGAUGUUUUCGCGCGAAAGAGAUUCUUGUGCCUUACUACAAUAAGAGAAAACGAAUGAUAUCGUUUCAAGUGAUCACGAGACUCGGAGAACAUUCGUGAAACCUCGUUGCCGGUAACUCGAACGAUGAAAACUACGAGAAGGACAUAUCGUCACCAGUAUUAUAUAUUUUUAUCGCCGUGUGCCAUCAAUUGAAUGCCAAAAGUGCCUUUUUUCCGAGUGCCAUAAAGAAACGUAAUUCUAUGUAAGUAUUUACCGUAUACCCGACGAACUGGAGGAAAACAACGGAGCGAGAAGAUUGUUGCAACUUUUGUAAAGAUUUACACACUUUUCAGAGUUUAUCCCAUUCGUCCGUUUUUGUAUGUUCGUUCGAUCCUUGGGUAGAUUUAACGACGCGGUCGUUAAGGGAGCGUUGUCCGUUCUCGAGAUAGACUGUGACCAACGCGAUAACUCGUCGAAUCUGUACGUUGAACUGAAAGGAUUAUAUCGCUGUUAUUUAACUGAUAAACGAGUACAAUCGUUUCACGGUUGCGUAACCAUACGUCUUCUGCUAUGUUUUUUUUUUUUUUGUAUGGAAUGUAACUUUUCUCAUUGGGAAAUAUAUAAUUUCCUCGAAGUUAAAGACGACGUACCUUUCGACCGAUUCCUUCGAUCCUUCGAUGCCGAAUGCAGCCAUCGGACAGCUACAGGUAAGAUUUCUUCAAUUACUGUUACGGUUUGCGAUAGCGUUGGAAUGGUUAAAGGGUGAGGGCCACUCCAGGCCAAUUUUAAGAGAAUAGGACCUGAUUUGUAGGAGUUAUCGUUUCGCCCGAUUUGAAAAACGUAGUCCGCUGUGUCAUUGCCGCGUGGUUGGUGCGCGUUGCGAGAUACCUUGGGAGAACAUUCGAAAACGACCUCUUUGAGAUUUCCCUGGGCUAUGAAAUAUUGCUUUUCUUAUUCUUAAAGAUUUAAGGCAACAUAUUAACAAACAAAAAUUGAUUUUCUGAAAUUUCUG